GACAGCGCACCCGAAUUUAAAGCAGCAACAGCGGACUGGAAAAAAACGAGACUGACAUCAAGACUUAGACCAAACACGGACUUAAUUCACAGGGACACAAGAAAUAGAUCGACUAUUUUUGGGACCAAUUACCGAGUCGUUUAUAAUUUGACAAAUAACAAGUAAUGACAUUUGCUAGUGAGACCUGAACUCUGAUCCGGAUCGCGCUGUGUUGCGGAGCUCUAGAAACAAACCCCCAAGCGUCUGUGGCGUUGUUGUGUCAGCAGAGCUGCAGAGGAGCCAGCAUGGAGAGGAGAGGCGUGUGGCUGGUCUGUGUGCUGGCCUGCUUCCUGCUCAGGCCGUCCGCUACACAGGAGCCCUUACCUGCAGGAGUGCUGAACUGCUGUGAGGGUGAUGUCCUCUUCUUACUGGAUUCUUCAGGUAGCGUGUCAUCCUAUGAGUACGCCCGAAUUAAAAGAUUCCUGUCAGAACUUCUCCUCCCCUUCUCGCUGGGAAAGGAACAGGUGAGAGUGGGACUUCUGCAGGUUGGAACCCGACCACAUCUGGAGUUUGGAUUUGAUAUCUAUGAUAACCAACAUGAUCUCCAGCAUGCUGUGAGGAACACCAAACCCCUGAGGGGGGACACAAACACAGGGGCAGCUCUGGCAAUAGCUAAGGACUUGCUCCUCACACCUGGGGGAGCAGGAGGGGCCAGAGCAGAGCUACCAAGAGUGCUGGUGUGGUUGACGGAUGGGGUUAAACCAGGCAAUGUGAUCGGAUCCAUGGCUGAGCUACGUGAGAGGGGUGUGGCUGUGCUUGUAGUGUCAACUGGACAUGGGAACUACCAGGUGUUGCGACAGGUAGUAACCCCACCUGUGGAGUACCACCUCUACUUUGUGGACAUUGAUGAUAUGAGUAUCAUCACAGAUGACCUCCGGGAUGCUAUCAUUGAGAUAAUCCGGGCUGAGCGACUCCAAGUUCAAGACAUCUCCACCAACUCUGCUAUGCUUCAGUGGCGACCAGUUUUAUCUGGUCUCAGGGGUUAUUACGAGAUCCGUUUUGGGCUCGUGCCAACAGGAGGAAGGGGUGAUGGUGCAGUAAGUAGAACUGAUACCAGUCCAAGCACCAGUGGAGGUCAUUAUCAAAGACUAACUCGACCUUCAAAUUCCAGCACUGUCAAGCUCACAGGCUUGAGUCCUGACAGCACCUACACAGCAACACUAACCCCACAGUCAAAUGAACACGUACUGAAUCCGCUUUCUGUCACCUUCACAACAAAGCCAGAGGUACUGAGCCCAGCUACAGUCACUGUCUCAGAGUCCAAGAUGACCAGCGUGAGGGUGAGCUGGGGUCCUCUCCAGCCAGACUUGGUCAGAAGUUACCAGGUGGAGUACUCUGUCCUACCGAGGGGUAAACUCCACACAAUAGUGGUGGGUGCAGGACAGAACUCCACACUACUGCAGAACCUUCAGCCAAACACCACCUACCUGGUCACUGUAAGUGCCUUGCACUUUUCUGGGAAGGAGAAGGCCAUGUCAGUGAGAGCGUGCACUCAGGAAGUGACACCAGCGUUGACGGACCUCCAGUUGACCACAGUUGACAGUGACUCAGUCCAGGUUGACUGGAAGGGCAGUGCUGACGGUCUCAGAGGCUUCUGGCUCACAUGGGCAGGAGAAGAAGACCACAGUGGUUCUCUCCCCGGCCAGCGCUCCUCCCUCUAUUUGCCACCCACUUCCCUCUCAACUCGCCUUACACACCUGCCCCCUUCCACCAGGAUUUGUGUUUCCCCCAUCUACUGGACGUCAUGGGGAGAGGGCCUCUGUUGCACUGCCCAGUUUCACUCGACUUCAUUAGCAUACAGUUACGGAUCGUAGCACUGCUGAACUACAGGUACACCAUACCAAAGAUGGAGCGAUGACGAAGGGAAGAAUCCAGACUUUCAUCCAUACUUUCUCUGGUGACAUUAGCUAGAGGACUGGUAUAAUUUGGCUUACUCAUUUGGUCUUGGACAAGAUGGCCAAAUGCAUGUUACUAACACACCUGCAGUACAAAAGACUGCUCACUCUUUCUAUUUACACUCUCCUGCCUUUUCCAAGCCUGCAACCACACUACAUGACGCUUAAGUUUGUCCACGAUUACAGACACCUGAUAGCUGGGAUGAAAGAUUACAGACACCUGAUAGCUGGGAUGAAAGAUUACAGACACCUGAUAGCUGGGAUGAAAGAUUACAGACAUCUGAUAGUUGGGAUGAAAGAUUACAGACACCUGAUAGCUGGGAUGAAAGAUUAGAGACACCUGAUAGCUGGGAUGAAAGAUUACAGACACCUGAUAGCUGGGAUGAAAGAUUACAGACACCUGAUAGUUGGGAUGAAAGAUUACAGACACCUGAUACUUGGGAUGAAAGAUUACAGACACCUGAUACUUGGGAUGAAAGAUUACAGACACCUGAUAGCUGGGAUGAAAGACAUGCUGAGAUAGUUCAUUCUUCUGUCCAAACUUGUUAGAAAUGACAACAUAACUAAGCAAUGUGCCUUCAAACUACAGACACGGCGUGUUUCUUGAAAUGGAGGCUGUGUUGCUGUUUUCUCUGGAAUUAGAUUCAUAUUUACUAGUAAUGGACAUGAGUUAAACAUAAGGACGUGACAUUAUCUCCAGCACCUGAAUGGUGAAUAAGCAGUGGUUUUAGCAGAAACGAGUCCAGGGAGCAUUUUGUUGUGAGAUGCGUUUGUGCUGGGCGGCGGAGGGCCCCCGGAUGAGCGUGGCUUCUUUGGCUGUCCUAUCAGAGCUUAACAUGAGCUCACAAAUAAGACCAUUAACCAGUGUUCUUAAAAUGUUGUAUGUUAUCAUAUUAUAUUAUUACACUUGUUGCUACUUGCUGAACAAACUAGCUGGUAGGGUAACUGAUUGGGACCCUGGUGAUGUUCCUGGUGUGGAUUCCAGAUGACGCCGAGGUCCACAUUUAUUGGACUUUGUGAUCUUAGCAUGUUUACACGUGUGGUAUAAACAAGUAGAGCAGUCUACGGUAAAACUGAUCCAUGUCUUAAAUGUCUUGAAGCUGUAAAUCUACAUGAAUUGUCCCCCUCCUUCCAGUCACCUUAUCCUCUACACCUUAAAAUAAUGUGUUAGGUAAAAUUAUCAGGCAUCAUAGCAUUCAUCCAGAUCCAAGCAAGUGACCCUAAUGUGUCGUGAUGCACGCUCCAUAAUCCAGCGGAGGAAACCCCAGAAAGCUGAAUCAGUUCAUCUGGACAGGACGUUUAGUGGGAAAAACCUUCCAUCACUUAACCAAGUCACUUCGUCCGUCUCGGCUGACUGCAGGUAUCCCCAACCCUUAUAAAUGCACUCAGUGGUCCGUAACCACGUCACCGUGACUCGCAAGUGGAGCAACUGCAGACUAGUUCCAGCCCGCCUCAGCAACACCAAGCCGCCACCGUCCAACAUCAGCAGAGACGAGAGGAGAGCUCUCACGACUCUCGCUAAGGACAACAACAUCAUCAUCCUUCCGGCGGACAAAGGCAGAUGCGGUGUUAUAUUAAACCAGACAGACCAUUAUGAGAAAGUUCUGACAUUACUUAGCAACACAAAUACUUAUGAGCCCCUGAAACCAGAUCCAGGGUGUUCUGACGAGAAAAAGGUGACGGAUGGUCUGAAGCUGUUAGAACAGGACAAUGCUAUUGACAGAAUGUUGUACUAAAAAUUAUACCCAGGGGGCGCUACACCUACUCUGUAUGGUUUACCUAAAAUACAUAGACAGGGUGUGCCAUUACGGCCUGUUGUUAGUAUGAUUAAGUCAGUGACCUGUAACCUCUCUAAGUUUCUGGCAUGUGUUCUGAACCCGCUGGGAGGCAGUAACGAACACCACAUUCACAACACUGUGGAUGCUGUGGACAAGGUGAGGGGCACCAUUAUGGAGGAGGUUGACACAACGGUCUCUCAUGAUGAGCCGUCUCUCUUCACAUGCGUUGCUAUGGAUGCAGCAGUGGAGGUGGUCCACAUGAACACUUGGGAGUCCAGAUGAACUGGUUCAACUCUCUGGGAUGACCCUAUUUGUGCCAAAACUGUAGAAACUUAAAGAAUCUCAUUUAAACUGAAAAUGAUAGUGCGUACUGUUCUUUAACUUCAGUUAUCCUAAUUUUGAACUCAUUUUACUCCAGUACCUUUUAAAUUGCAACUGUAUAAAAGCUGAAAUUGCAACUUUUUGUUUUGUUUUGUUUGUUUUUGGGUCAAACAUUAAGAAUUAAAUGAUUUAAUCUAUGGGCGUUUUCA